UGUAUGUGCGGUGAGAUGUGGAUUGACCCCCUGACUAAUGACGAUCUGGUGUGUGACGUGCAGGAAGUCAGUAGAAGUGAAACGGUAACGUUCAGGGCGGAUCUGCGUGCCAGAAUAAUAAAUAGCGCUUGGCAGGUGAACAGCAAAGUCACAGGAUUGGAGUCUGGCAGUGUUGAGCUGAACGCAGCAGCAGCAGCAGCAGCAGACACACUUCCUCCACCGUUCGGAUCAGCAGAGGGAAUCAUGCAGGCUUUGAGUCUCUCCUCGGGUUUAUUCAGAGCCGCUCUGAGACAGCACUUAACUCCCAGAGCCAGCAUAACAUCCAAACCCGCAAAACACGUCCUGAGUACGGGGGAGCAGUUGGUUGCCAUGGCGACCAUGUUUAUGACCAUCCUCGUCCCCUCAGGGUGGAUCCUCACUAACCUGGAGGAGUACAAGAAGAAGAGGCUGUGAGCCCCUGAGCACGAUGUCGCUCCGCUCUUCGGUCUUCCUCCUCACAAUAACCUGCGUUACGCCUCUCUCUUUAAUAAACCAACAUACAAACUA